AUGUUGAUCAGAUGGGGUCGAGGAUUUGGCCUUGUUGGGAUCAUUUUUGGAAAAGAUAGUGCUUUGAAUCAACCAAAUAGUAUAUAUGGACUUAUUUUCUAUAUACUACAAAUGUUGUUGGGUAUGACAGUGAGUGCAAUGGCUGCUUUAAUACUAAUGACGACAUCCAUAGUGUCUGUGGUGGGUGCACUGUAUCUAAGUUACAUCCUGUACUUUGUACUGAAGGAUUUUUGCAUAAUUUGCAUUACUACAUAUCUCCUGAACGUCACACUUUUCAUCAUCAACUAUAAACGACUGGUUUACUUGAAUGAGGCCUGGAAACAGCAACUCCAAUCCAAACAGGAAUAAUCUCAAUGAUCUGCAAACUUAACACCUGGAGAGCCUGCUUCCAUUAUGUCUAUUUGGCAGUAAUUCUUUUUGAGAGAAAUGUAUAUGAUAAAAAGAAAAUCAAAAUCAUUGAGAAACAAUUUUUUUAAAUUGAAUACUUGUGUGGGACCCUGGACUUACUUUGGUUUAUCCUCCCUCACAUGAAGAUAAAUAGACAAGCCAACUGAAAGCAAGCUUUAACUGUAUUACACAUUCCUUCGAAGAUCUUAAUUGAGAAACUCGCAUACACUAAGUGAUUAAGUAUCCAUCCCACCGCCCUGCCCCCCCCCCUCCCCCACCAUAAAAGUAAACUGCGUGUUAAAUUGUGAAUGAAAGUGCCUUUGUUCAAGGAAUUUUUUUUAAAAAAUCAUAUACAAGUGUUUUUAUAUUGCACAGGAAGUGACUAAUGGCAUCCUUGAGUCUUGGUGGUCUAAUUAAUGGGUCUGAAAAUUUGUCUAUCUUGGCUAAAUGACCUGCUGUGAAUGCUCAAUGUCCAAAUUCUUCCAAUACAGUUGGAAUUUGUCUUGAGAGAUGGUAUUGUGGUCCUCUAGGACUAACUUUUUUUGAGUGCAUGGAUGAUUUUAAAAGGCCAGCAACUAUGCAGUCACAACAUGCCACAAAGGUAUUUAAACUAGGACAUUUUGGAGUGCGAGGAAGUUCUUGUCACAGCUUGCUAGGAUUUUAAAUGAGCUUCAGUGAAUCUAAUAGUUCAAUACCAAGAGUCUUAACCAUUAUGGAUUUGACUAAUAUUGAGCCAAUAUUUCAUGUAAAAAGUAUAUCUCUCAAAAAUUGACCCUUUUUUUAAUAAAAGUGCAGUCAAUUGGUCAGUGAUUUUUAACAAGUUAAAACAUGUUCAUGUUGCACUUUAGGAGAUUUUUAUUUUGAAUUCUAGUUUAAGGUUUAUUUCAGUAUUUUAAUACUGCCACUACUAAUACAGCGGCAUCAUGACCAAGACAAUAUUUGUGGUCAACCAGGCCUAUAAUGUUUUUUCUUUAAAAAAAUCUUGUUUAGGAGACUCCUAUUCAAUCUGUGUUGCAUAUAACUUUAUUUUUGUCAAAGUAGUAUUUUGUUUAUAUUGAGAUCUUAGUUAGGUUGAAAAUAGUUUUUCUGUAGUGUAACACCAUUGUGCCAUGUUAAUUAAUAGUUGAUCAUUUCUAAACAGUUUCUACAUUAAAAUCGUCUACUAAUUAAUUGGUUGCGUUGGCUGGGAUGGAAACUUUAUUCUGUAUUUGAGUUCAGUUUGACAUGUUCAAACAUAUUCAUACAUAUGGGCACUGCUUGAACAAAAAAAACCUUUCAUUCUAUUUAAAUGGCUGCUGUUCAUAAGUUGGAAAAAUACAACUUCGCUGAACAUUGAUUUUAGAUGUUUGUGAGGGCUUGUUUUAUCCCACCACCUCAUUUUAUUCAGAUGGACAUUUAGGUGGAAUAGGUUUUUGCUUGGCUUUGAAAUAUCCUUGCCAAUGUGGUUCAGUGCCUCCAAGUAUUGUUGAAAAGAGUUGUAGUUGUGCAUAUUCAUUAUUCGAUGGUAUACUGACCACCUAUCAUGUUUUAAUUGAGAUCUUUUGUAUUCUUACAGAAAUUGAGCUCUCAGUUAAGUGUUAGUGCCCCCAAAAUAGUUUAGCAGCAAAUUUUAAGGUUUUAUUUUCAAACUUGAUGUAAUUAUUUACACCAAGAAGCAUCCCAAGUCAUUGAGCAAGCUGAUACCCUAACAGCCUUCUAAAUCUCCAAAGUAGCUUAUGAUUUCAUGAGAAGGAGGUUACUUUCAUUUUGUAGAACCCAACCUGUUGAACUGUAUUGUCUAAAUGAUUACUAGAUUAGUGUAAUACUUGGAAGUGGUGACAAUUGGUUCAUAGUAGCAGUGUUCUUCUGACUGAAACUUCUAAAAACCUAAUGCCUAUGAACCAAACAAACUUCAAUAAAAUAUAUCAAUGUUUGUAUACCUCAGAGACUGUGUUCAUAACACAGGAUCCAGCUGAUGUGACUGAUAAAUCUAUAGUCACCCAGUAGUUAAUUAUACUUUACCCUGCCUACUUGCCAAUGUAGAAUUGUGUUUAAAAGAUGGGGCAAUGUUUUCCAUCAGGUAUCUACUAUUGGUAGAAAAUCCAGUUCCAUCAGAUUUUAUAUUUGCAGAUGGGCAGUUGUCUAACAGAGUUUUUCUUUUGUUGAACUUAAAUCUUGUUAAUGUGUAGGAUGCUGUACAUGUAAACAUAGUAAUUAAUGCACUUGAUAUUUUCUGAACACUAAAUUUGCUGUUUUUUAGUGUAUCUUUCCCAAAUUGGGUUUUUUUUUUUAAGCCCUUGUGCUGUAAAUGUUUUGUUGGCAAAUUUUAAUGCAGUUACUACAUUCAUCCUAUAAUGCAAAUAAUUGAGGAUGUUGGGUACAGUUAAAGCUUGUCUCAAAGGAUAUAAUCUUGGACAUGGGGGAAUUGCAUUUCUUGUAUCUGUGCUCAUUGAAGCUGCUGGUACAGUAAGUUACCUGAAGUCUGUCUCUGAGCUCUAGAAGACCACUGAAUGCUAUUAUACUAUUAUUGUGACAUUCCUGUGACCCAAUAAGCUGUAAAAAUUCCAAAAGAGUUUACUGAUACUGUAGUACCGAUACUUUAUAUCUUGGCUGUGGAUGAUACUUCUGCUCAUCUUUGAUCCUGUUUUUGAUGUUGAACUAUACUAGGUAACUGCAAUUCUACAUAUGUUUGAUUCGAAACAACUCUAAUAUUGAUUUUUAGCCAAUGUGUUGAGCUUGGCUCAAACGUUUUACUUCGUGCACCUCCUGGUGUAAUGCCUUUACUAACAGCAGAGGGAUGGACAAAUUUAAAACCUUAAAAGUCCAGUUAUAUUUACCCUUUUAUUUCCCCACCAUGAUUUGUUUAUAUUGCACUGUCUAGCAUGAAGCCCAUGUUUACUGCUCAAGAUGUACUGUAACUAUAGAUUCAUUCCUAUUGAUACUGGCCUAUCAGUACUUAUUCCUGGUAUCGGCAUUAAUACAGGCAUGAGCAGAUCCCUAAUUUUGAAGCGGUAAACAAAAACAGUUUCCAUUACAGUAAAUCAUUGUCUAUUCAAAGUGAAAGGGUGACAAAUGCUCUUUAUUUUUGUAAAACUAUUUAGCAUGGCAGAAGUAGUAUGUUCUUGAUCUGUAUAAUAUGUUCCAUCAGAGUUAUUUAUUAAUGCUGCUUCAAGCUCAUGAGCACAUGUGUUAAAAACUUUUAAGGUGGACUCUGGGCAUUGAUCCCCUUCACAGCCACAGAUGGGAACGGUUUUAUAAUAGGUUCAGGAAUAUGAUUUUGCUAAAUAGCAAAAAUUGUAAAUAUGUAUGAAUGUGUAUUCAUUGCACAGAAUUUUUUGGUAUGAAAUAAAUGUAGAAUCUACAUGA